AUGAGAGCGCGCUUCCAUGAGGACCCAUUGUCAGAAGAUUUUGUGAGGAACAAUCUCCUUCUUGGCAAUGGUGAAGUUACAGAAGAUGGAAAUGAAGAUGUUGACAUAAGUUACAUUUGCACAAUAGCCAGUACUAUUCAGAGUCUUCAUGACCAGGUCUUCUCAGACCUAGAAGUCCACAGCAGAGAUCUAGAUUGGCUUUGCCAAAGAGCCAUUUUGGCUCCUAAAAACGUUGCGGUCAAUGCAACCAACAGCUUUUUACUGGGUUUGCCUGAGGACGUGAGAGUCUAUAAGUCAGUAGACACCAUCCCCAAUCAGGAUGAGGUAGUUGAUUAUUCCACUGAAUUUUUGAAUUCCUUGGAACCUUCAGGUGUACCUCCACAUAUUCGUACUCUUAAAGCAGAUAGCCCUGUUAUGCUCAUAAGGAAUUUAAAUCCACCGACGUUGUGCAACGGUACACGCCUUGUUAUCACAAAAUUAUUUCCUAAUAUUGCAACGAUUAUGACCGUCUGUGGUAAAGGUCAAGACGUCUUCAUACUGUGA